AUGCCGAGAGUGAGCGAAAAACAAAAACUUCUUAAAUUAUUAGAAGUAGCUGCAUUAAAUGAUUUAAUGAUUGUCGACAAUUUUUUAAAAUUCUGUUUUCUGGUAGAGGAGAAGACAAUAAAGGAAGAUUACAUAUUGGAGGAACUGCUGAUUGUUUUGGCCCUGGGCGAAGAAUGCAGAUACAGUGUGCCGUUUAUUCAAAAUAGUGUACCUAAGUGUAAGGAAUUCUUAAACGACGUGUUAUGGGAACUUGAUGAGACUAAAUUCAAGAAGAUUACAUGCGUAAACUGGAAAACCUUUGACUUUAUUUUAAAUUUAAUAAAGGACGGUGCGUCGUUCAACCAAAUACGUUCUUGCAAACAAUUCCCUCUCAAAACACAAUUAGCAAUCGUAUUAUAUCGCUUAGGCUCAAACGGUGAAGGCGCUACUCUGUCUAAGAUUGCUGGCUUGUUUGGAGUUAGUGAUGGUGGUAUCAUUCAGAAUUUGACUGACAGAAUUUGUAAAGCACUGUUAAAGCAUAAAGAUCAGUAUCUGUUUUGGCCAAAUAGCGAUGAACGUAAAAAGCUCGUGUCAGAAACCUGGAGUGAAUUGCCAAACUGCGUGGGAUACGUCGAUGGUACUGAAAUUCCUUUGGCGGAAAACCUUCUCAAGACCCAGAAGCUUACUUUUCACGAAAGCACCAAUACUCAGUUAAAGUUCAAGCCGUUUGUGACCAUUCGCUUCAAAUAAGACAUUUAGUGUUAGGCUAUCCAGGUAGCGUACAUGAUGCACGUAUUUUAGUAACUGCGAAUUGUCGAAUGACGCCGAUGUGUUUUUUGGAGGAGCUGAAUGGAUCGCAGGUGACAGUGCAUAUAAAUUAUCGAGUACUGUUAUAACGCCAUUUAGAGAAAAUUCUAGAAAUUUAACACUAAGCCAAAGGAAUUUUUUUAACAAAACAUUCAGUAGAUAUAGAAUUCGAAAUGAACAUUGUUUUGGAAUGCUGAAGGAAAGAUUUGGUAGUUUAAAAGGCUUAAGGCCUUUGAAAAUGGUAUGAGAAAAGUUAACAAAUGGAUUCUCUGUUGUGCAUUGUUACACAACUUUAUACUCCAACAAGACGAUUAUUUCGAUUACCAACCUGAGGAAUCGGAGCACAGUAUUGACGAGUCGUUAUUUGAACCAAAUGCUCGGACCAAUGAGGGUGAGAUAAGGCGACGACAAAUCUUUGAACAAUUGUUUAAUCAAUAAAUUUCUUAUUUAAAAA